CUGUGAAGCUUCGAAGGAUGGUAGCAGAGGAAACAUCAAGACAUGGGUCAACUGCGGGCGGGGCAUUGAAUGUCUCUCUGAAAAUUAACAUUCCCGCACAGAAACGAAACCGCAGCAAUGAAAGCGUGGGGGAACGGGUACCUAGCUCGUGGGUGGGAUGGGGUGGGCCGUUGAUAGCCACCCCAGUUGACGUCGUUCAAAUCUGGAAAACAUGAUUUCCUCACUU